AGCUGUGUUGCUUCACUAGAGAGAAGACUCCUUCAGAAAGUUGUUGUGGUCGGGAAUGUUUACAUCGAAAGGCGUGUUCAGCAACUCCGGUGGAAUGUUUUCUGCGGUUUUAUUACUGAUCCUAGGCCUGCAUGGAGGUGCCUCGGCUAUGACAUGCAGCAGGGAGGGGUUAUUUGGUCAAACGGAGUAUAUGACCUGUCCCCAGAAAGAAGGCUCACGUAAUGAGUAUUGUUGUGGUACAAAGGAAAAUCGAUAUUGCUGUGACACACCUUUUGGAAUUGAUGAAGAAAUUCUGAAAGAAUUUGCUGACAGAGAACCAAAGGCUUUGGCUCAGGUCCAACCUAACCCAGUGGUGCCCAAGACCAUCGAAGACCGAGAAGGUGUCCGCUCUACUGUGGAUCGCAUCAAAACCAAGCUAAAUGAUACGGUUCAUUCAGCUAAGGAUAAAAUUAAUCCUAAAGUAGGAAUUACAAAAGUCAAAGAUAAAGUUAAGGACAAGGUGAAACAAAAGGCUGAAGAAAAAGCUGUUAAAAAGCUGGAUCCAACAGGAGGGCACAUUAAGUCGCUUCCUGUGAUCAUUGGUGUCAUUGGGGCUUUCGUCUUGGGUCUGAUUGUGCUGUGCAUCGUCUGCUGCUGCUGCUGUCCCUUCUGCCUCCUCCACAAACGCCGAAACCGUGGAACUGUUCAUCAACCAGGAAAUGCUGAAGCUUCAGGGAUGCUGCAGCCUGCACCUCAGGGAUAUCCGCAGCAGCAGGGGGGAUAUCUACCACAGCAAGGAUACCCAAUGCAGCCAACCUACCCAGCACAGCAGGGCUACCCGCCACAGCAAGGAUAUCCACCACAGCAAGGCUACCCUCCACAGCAGGCAUACCCACCUCAGCAGCCAUAUCCACCACAGCCAAGUUACCCAGAGAUCAAAGAAUAAUGAGUGUAGACAUUGACCUGUAAACAAGAGAUCAGUUUAAGCUGACCAGCCACCUCCCUACUCAGAGAAGCAGCUAGCAUAUAAUCCUAAUUACCAACAGUGAUAUUCUUCAGCAGCAAGAGACAACAUGAUCUGUGUGUUCCAAACUGUUCUCUAUAAUUAUUCUUUGUAUCUGUGUUGUAUUGCAUACUGAAUAUUAGAUGGGUAAUCUCCAUGUCAAGUGUACUGUUUGCUGUUAGCUCUUAUAGUAAUAUUACUGUCAGUAAUUAGAUUUUUUGAUAUUUAGAA